GGGAGGGAGGGGGAGAUGGAGUUCGAGGAGCAGGAGGAGGAGGAGGGGGAGGAGAUGGGGAUGGGGAUGGAGAUGGAAACUCCUUCGGCUGCUGCGGCGAAUUCCGGCAGACCCGGCGGCGGAGGAGGAGUUGCUGGAGUUGUCGGGGGGUGGUCGGGACAGCAGCAGCAGCGGCAGCAGCAGCGGCAGCAGCAGCGGCAGCAGCGGAAGGCGGCCGGGGGAGUGGGGAUGGGGAGGUAUAGGGAGUGCCUGAAGAACCACGCGGUGGGCAUCGGGGGCCACGCCGUGGACGGCUGCGGCGAGUUCAUGCCUGCCGGCGAGGACGGCACCCUCGACGGCCUCCGCUGCGCCGCCUGCGGCUGCCACCGCAACUUCCACCGCAAAGACCCNGCGGCGCAUCCGGGGCAGCUGGCGCUGCCGUCGAGCUCGGGGGGCCACAGCAGGAGCAGGGAGGAGGGCGAGGACGGCGGCGGCGGCGGGGGCGGGUCGACGUCGGGGGGCAGGAAGCGGUUCCGGACCAAGUUCACGCAGGAGCAGAAGGACAAGAUGCUGGCGUUCGCGGAGCGCGUGGGCUGGCGGAUCCAGAAGCACGACGAGGCCGCCGUGCAGCAGUUCUGCGACGAGGCCUGCAUCCACCGCCACGUCCUCAAAGUCUGGAUGCACAACAACAAGAACACCCUCGGCAAGAAACCCUAAAUACGUACCCGCUAUCUACUACUACUACCGUGUACGCCUCCCUCCCUCACUCCUUACCUGAUCUCUCCUUCCUAUAUAUCUAGAUUUAGAUUUAGAUUAGAUUAGAUUAGAUUAGAUUAGAUUAGAUUAGAUCGUGUAUUCUCACCCCCGCUAGCUCUCGAUCGAUCGUGUAUUCUUAGACGCUAUGCUAUGCUAUGCUAUGCUAUGCUAUGUUGCAA